UAGUAUGGCGGAUCUGGCGGAGGGAUUAGUUGACAAUCCGCUGGAUGAGAGGUUCGAAAAGGCGACCAAAUUUCUGCAGCACAGUACCGAUCUAUUCAAGCAGGACCAGUUACUACAGUUUUAUGGCCUGUACAAACAGGCCACUGUUGGAGUGUGCAAUAUUCCAAAGCCCGCCAUAUACAGUAUGGGAGCACGAGCCAAAUGGUAUGCCUGGGACAAGGUGAAACAUCUCGAUACGAACGCCGCCAAACAGGAAUACGUACGGCUAAUGGAUCAGCUUGCACCGGACUGGGGUGAAAGCAGUGCUGGUGAAGCAGGUUGGGUGUCUGUUUCCCGACCGAAACGCUUGUCAGAAAGUGGACCGGACGAAACGAACAAAUCACUGAUCGAUCGCAUCAAGGAGGAUGAUCUGGAAGGUGUGCGGGAUAUGAUCCGGCAAGAUGGUAUUUGCACCAGGGUAAACGUGCUCGACCACGAAGGACUUGCCGCCAUACACUGGGCAGCGGAUCGCGGAAAUGUGGACAUACUUGCCAGCCUGCUUACCGUCGACGGAAUUGAUAUCAACCUGCAGGGUGCGGAUGGACAGACCGCGUUGCACUAUGCAUCCAGCUGUGGUAACGUUGAAUGCCUUCAGCUGUUGCUAAAACAUGGCGCAGACCGUAGCAUCAGAGAUGAGGAGGGAGAAACAUGUAGUGACGUUGCUUACAAUCACAUAAUAAAAGCUUGUCUCGUGUGAGUAACAAACGAACGAA